AUGUUCUACCACGGACGCUGCAAUCUGUGCCAAAACGCGCUUGCAGGCUUAUCUGUUAACAAGGGAACAGGGAAUACUGCUAAUAAGAACUGGAUUCAGCAGUUGUGUUCGAACAAACACUGCAGGGCCGUUAUCUUCCAUACAGACCCGUUAGAAGAUGUUGUUGCACAGGCAAUUGUCGAUGGCAUAAACAAAGAUCCAGCAAUGUUCGACAUGUAUCUACCGAAGUCACCGUAUGCUCACUAUUGGCGCUCGGGACCACGCACUAAUGGUCCUUCUAAUUUACAAUCGAGUAAUACUGUGCAAUGCAGCACUCGCACUGCUACAAGUAAUGACGUGGACCUGGUUGCGGGCUCAGUAAACAAUCAAGCUGCAGGCCCGCCGUUGAAUCAUCAGGCAGUGGGCUUAUCGAACAAUCAGGCAGGAAUUCACGCACCGAUUGGGUCCAAAGGUUCUAGAGAGUCUCAGAUUACUGCAUUGGCACGGCCUAGAGGAGGAAUUUUUUGUGCUCGUCCAGGCUGUCACACCAAGAAUAGUCGGUCAAAGGGGCAUGCCGAGUGCACAUACCUGCUUUGCAAGAGCUGCUGUCAGAAGGCUGCUUUCGCUGCCCAGGCAAAUGGGAAUGAGCGACUCGAAUGUGCGGAACGUGGUCAUCGGCACAAGGGCAAGAACAUGGGGAGGUCGUCCACAUUGGCACCCACCGGGACGAGCACGUCGCAGCUGCCGGCCAGUACUAGCACAGUAUCCAUGCAUCUGCCCACGACCACAAUCUCUAGCGUCUUGCCUGCUUCACAAUCAGUGUCGGCACAACAGAUCAACGCAUCACUUACAGAUACCCAGUCUACCAUAGCCAUGGUACCACCCGCAUCACAAACCGCACCACCCACCUUGCAUGCUGCUUUGUCAACGUCGACAGCCAGUCCUUCUGCAUCUGGUUAUGCACAGCCAAUCUCAAUGCUCUGGCAAAAGACUUCUCCGGAAUGGGUAGCCAAACUUCAUGCUGCGGCCGAUGCCAAGGAUCAUGCUGCGGAAAGAAAGCAGAUGAAUCUUGAGUUGGAGGCUCAAGCACGGCAGACUAUAAUGGCUAUCAUAUGGAAGGAGAAUGGCUGCCUCCCAUUCGGAUACCCUGUGUCAUUGAAAUCUUUCCCAUUCUUUCGUAUAAACGAUCAUCCCAAUAUCCUUGAGGGGAUCUUGACAGACGGAAGCUCAGCGCCUCCUUCUUGUAUUGAGGUGUACAACGCGGAUCGUGAUCGCUGGGACUGCCUUCCCAUCGAUCAGCCUUACCAGGUACAGGCAGAAGAAACUUUGCUCUUUCGGAUACUUCCCAAUGGAAUCAAUGGCCCACGGCUCGAAGAUUGCCCACGGCUAGAUGAGGAAAUAGCGAGAGUCAGGAAGAGCUCUUCACAUGGAGGAAAGAGGAGUCAAACACCAUUUGAGGACGACAAAACAAGUACCCAGAACUCACCAAAACGUAUACGAGCAUCACCGGUAUCCACAACUCGAAGUCAGGCUCCUAUUCUUAGCACGAACGUACAUUCUCCGAGGACUCCCAAACAUAUCCAGUGA